AAGUGGGUUUAUCUCGUAAAAGCUUUCAAAUGCUAAACGAAAGUACCAUGCAGUAUCAUAAAAAUGUUUAUUCUCAUCAGAUUACCUAGGGCGUCGGAUGCACCUGUCGUAAGCGGUGGAUCCAUCUUCUCCUGGGGCACAAAAUUCAAAUACACCGGUAGGACGGAGAAGGAGGUAUUAGAGGAAACGGGUCCACUGCGUAAGGAGGAACCACCUAUACAGCGGUGUCAAACCACGUGUCUUAGAAGAAAAGCUAGCAGCGUGCCAGCCACCCCGAGUACACCUAGUCAAGAUCUCGUUGAAAUAAGAUAUUGUAGUUUGCCACGUAGCGGUCACAGCGCAGGUUUAGACGGCGCUGGAAUGUCGGAAGGCAGCACUAGUAUUCCAUUUAGCUCGCCUUACUGUUCAGACAACACUUUGCCACCCCUAGAGCCCGUCUCGGAGGACCAAGAAAUCCAUGGAAGGAAAAACAAUGCAGUAGACGAGAAUGAUACGCAUGCGAGAGCCCACCACAACACCAUCACCACUACCACCACUACUACUACUACUACUACUACUACUACUUCUACUACUACUACUACUACCACUACCACUACCACUACCACCACCUCGAACACCACCACAAACCGUACGAAAGUCAAAAUGAAAUAUCCAAAGAGCACACUGAACCGACCUCAGCCGACGUUGUACAGCCAAAAGAUAGUGAUAGAAACGGAGGAUUUAGCCGGCCGCGACAUCGAUAAUGUCGUCCGUCAGCGGAUGACUGCGCUUGAAAAGAGUCCGAAGGUGGUACGCUCGACCGCAUUGAUAAUAAAGAGCUCGAGAACGCCGAAAUCAGCGAGAUUUACAGACGCGUACGCGUUGUACACCGACGAGUCGAGAAUCUCAACGGUGGUCGACGGCGCGCCGCGGUUUUCAGGCUCCGGCAACGGUAAGAUCGUACGGUCGUGGUCGAAUAUGGAGCAGGUAAGCUGGCUCGGCCGUCGGGAUAAUCACGAGAUAUCGUAUCGUGGAUCAUUGAAACGAACGGCGGCGAAAACGGCGAACGGUUACGUAGCGUCGGUAACGACCGGCGCCGGAGUCGAGGCGGCGAUCGGCCAUUCGGAAUGGACAGUCGGGCAGCACGAGGGUGUGAUAAGCGACUACUACUUCAGGGACUCGUUCGAUCACUCCUCGUCAGAGAGUCAAUUGUUGGACGCUUCUGGUAAACCGCAGAGUCGUUCGGUGACGCCGGUGCCAAAAAUGCAGAAGCUUCAGAACUCGAAGAUCUGUCUACAGCAGCAGCAGCAACAGCAACAGCAACAACAGCAGCAACAGCAAUACCAACAUCAAAGGCAGCCGAGUCGACGGACGACCGCGAGACUGAGGCACAAGUCGUUUCGCGUUACGACGAGGCUUUUCAUUCCGGCUUUCAUGCUCACGAUCACCGUUCUGUUUAUCGUGAUCGUUCUCGUGUUCGAGACGGACACCACGCUUUUCCACAACCUGCGCAAGACGCCAGAGAUGGUGGCCUUAAGGAACCAAUACUACGUCCCAAUAAAGGAGUUUUUGAGGACGAAGCUCGGCCUAUUUUGGUGAUGCGGCGAUCCAACAAAGGUCCACGGGCUUUGCUCGCUCCUUUGUCGCUAAGUAGCUCUCUUCAGUGCCAAGAUACGCUGUUGACAGACCGAGAAGCGAGAGCGUAUGCCUUUUCAUUUUCUCCUUUACCUCUCGAAUGGGGUGAAACCGUAAAAUUCAGCAAAAUAUACAUACGCUUGCUAGUCUAUCGACCGAAACAUGCUUUAUACUUUGUCCAGGUACUAUACGCUUAUCGAUGAAACAAUCAUUCACGUCGUAUCGAAUAAGAAACGGAAAAACGUAUUUGAUAUUUCUGAUAUUAAGGUAAGACGAGGUCGACGUUUGUGAAAAGAUGCGACUCGACUAGUUUUUAAAUAAGGUAACGCAUUUCUUUUUUAAAUUAUGCUGCCGGAUUUCACUUUUUACUAUACCUGUUACUAGCUCGUUUAUAAUAAACCUAUUUCGAUAUAAUAUACAACAACUGAAAGUGUUAAACGAUUUAUAAACAUUAGGCUACCCAGGCUCUAAGUAAUUAAUAAAAUCUAAUCUAAUCUAAACUACUCUAAUGUAAAAUUCCCCCUCUCUUUCAUUUCUUCUUAUUUAUUUCUUCUUAUAUUUGCAUUGUUUGCUGGACGGCCUAAUAAUUAUCUGCACGUACGCGUAUAUUACUGGCAAAGUAUAGAAUAUGAGAGUGUAUUACCGGAGAAUGCUUCAGACUUUAACUGACCACUGUACGCAUUGCCUAAGCAACAUAUUAAUUGUUUUGAUUCAAGUCAUUCUUAACGUUCGUCGAACAAACCCCAUGUAAUUUUCUUAGAGUCAAGUUAACUAUUUUUUAAUUGACCGACACAAAAUUUAAUCCUGAACUAAAGUUAAGAUCAAUAAUUAAUGUUAACAAAAGGGUAUGUCGUACUCUUCAAAUUGUGUUCGUUGGGAUUAAAUUCGAUAACUGAAAGGAAACAAAAAAAUAUAUUAACCCUUUGAGUCACAGAGCACAUUCAUGAAAUAGACACAUAAAUGAAAUGCAAACAGCUUUUAUAUAGAUUUGGAGGAGGGGGGUCGAUGAUUACGAAUUUGACAUCAGAAUUUUUAAAUCUAAUUUGCCGGAUCCAAUAUGGCGAAUGAAAAUUUUCAAGUUUAUUGGUUUUCUUUUAUAUUGGGGGUCGACGAUUAUGAAUUUGAUAUUAGAUUUUUGCAAUUCAAUGUGAAUCAUAGAAUUUUAUAUUGGUUAUGCUAAAAUUUGAUGUACAGAGGUUUUUCGGCUCAUCGUUGCGGGGGAUUUGUAUGAUUCUAGAGAGAGUAGUGGGGAGUUAUAUUAUUUCCAAUUCGUCAUUCUCGAUACAGAAUUUUAAAUUUUGAAAUUCUGAUAUCAGAUUUGUAAUCAGCAACCCUGAAAACCCAUGUAUUAUGAAAUUUAUUCAAAUUAACGUAGUCAAAAGGUGUUCGGUCCACCAAAAUUCUAAAAAGCAGAACAAAAAUUCAAGUUUUAUUGCCGAAAGUAAUGAAAAGAGUAAUUUAAGAAAGGUCAGACUCCAGAGUCGCUAUAUUACUCAAAGGGUUAAUCGAAAUCUAAAAGCAAAAGUUAUAGUAAGAAUUUUGAUUUAUGUAAUUAUACAUACAAUACCUCAUGCAGGCAGUGUAUACAUUGUCAUUUGUCUGUAGUAGCUGUAAAAAGUAUUUAUUUUUGCAUUUAUAUUUAUACUGAAGUUGCAUAUUCGAAAACAGCCAAAUUAUUGAUUUUUAAUUUAUCUGUCGGUAAUACGAACCUUUAUUUUAGGCUUUCACUUCCAAUGCACGUACAAGCGAAUGUAUAAAUUUACUCAAUUUUAUGCUCUCACUUUACUUAAACAAAUGAUCUCGUUACGUUCGUGCUUAAUGUUCGUUCCACCGUCUUUUUUUUAUAAAAUCGAAUAGCCUAUGAGAUAAUGAAGUACCUUACAUUUGUUAGAGUAAUGCCCCGUUACUAUCAAAACGGUUCCGCUUUUACAACGAAUCCACUGUACGUUUUAAUUCUUAAAACUUACAGUCAGAUGCUCCGCAGAAUUGGGCAUCGGGCACAAUUUCUGUUUAAAUGAUUAUUUAUUUUUAAAUAAAACGAAUACGUAUAACGAUUGUUAAAAAAAAUCUACUGUUAUGUACAAACUUUUUUGUUACUUAUUAAUUAUUUAUUGCACAAAUCUGUUAUUAAUGCAUUGUUAUCGACUUUAAACAAUCGUUACUUAUUCUAAUUUUACUUAUUACUAGUUGAAGAUCUCCAUUCAGUCUUGAAGGAGAAGCGAAUCUCUGAGAAUCAAAAUACGUACUUGAAUAUCUUGAUUUGACACCAAUUAAUUUGUUUAUGCGAACUUGUAAAGAGAAUAAGCAAUGUAGAAGAAGAAUUCGAAUUCGCUCACAUAUUCGAUCGUGGUGGAAAUACAUAAAGUUAUUAUAUGCAGCUGAUUGGAACAGUCAGUCACCUGUCUGCUUAUAAAGGCCAUAUUAUCAUCAUUAUUUUGUAUUUUGCAUUAAUUACAUUUUGCAUUAAAAGGAAGGAAGUCAAGGAGCACUGAAAGUGAGCAUUAAUUGUUAACUUAAAAAAUUUUAAUUAGUUUUUAUAAAUCUAUUUAAAAAUUUUAUAACACACUUGAGAAUUAUCAGUUUUUAAAUUGGCGUUUUCCCGCCCACAUGCAUCGCAUCAUUUUUUUCGCGACGCUGUAUUCUUUGGAAACUGAUGACAGGAAACAUUAAGUUUUUUAAUAUUACCAUUCCAAGUUUUACAACUUUUAACAGCACAGUCUAACAUUUUUGACGUUGAUUUUUUACUUUUGAAAACAAUAAGCAGACAUUUCUCAAUAUGGCCGCCGUAUGAAGUGCGCAGCGUUCGAAAAUGAUACCAUCGGAAAAACAGACCUUACGUAUUUCCACCGUCCAAUCGAUCGUAAAAUUUCUUAUUGUUUUGUUCGACUACACUUUUUAUAAACGUGUAUGUCUACAUAGAAGGAAGAGUAUGCGUGGUUUCAAUACGUAACGUUCCCUUACAAUAAACGUAUGCACAUCUAUGUGCAAACAAUAUAAAAUGUAUAUAUAUAUAUAUAAUUAUAUGUAUAAAAUAUUAUAUCGAUUCGAAGCCGAGGAUAAAAAAGAAUAUCAAACGCAAUUGUCUUUUAAUAUAGCUACAUGUACAUAUGUAUGUACAUAUUGUAAAAAGCCCUUCAGUUUCUACGUUUUAUACUGCCCUGGAAGUUAUAAUAAAUAAUUCGGAUAUAUACAUAUUA